GGUGUGACUGGAAGCCCUUCCAGGCGAGGCCGUGACUUGGGUCCUAGGUCUGGGCUGGACGGUCCUAUCCCCCAUCCUUCUCGGCCAGCGCCCUGCCUGUUCUUCUCAGGCUCUUGUGAACAUCACCCCGCACAACAUGCCACCCGUGGGCCUUGCUCACCGCGCGCUGUGUCCCCGGCUGGAUUCGCUGUCCCAGCAGCUUGUGGCGCUGUUGCUGCUGCUGCUGGUGUCUCCGUGGGUAGACUGUACCCACAUCACUCAGAGCACCCCCAGCAACCUGACCACUCCUGGUAUUCCCAAUGCCGCCACCCGCGGCACUCCCAGUGACCCCCACCUGCGAGAGCGGGUGCGGACCCUGAUGCGAGACUUCCCACUUGUGGACGGCCAUAAUGACCUGCCUCAGAUCCUGAUGGAACUUUUCCAGAGCAAGCUGGAGGAUGUGAAUCUGCGCAAUUUCAGCCAUGGCCAGACCAGCCUGGAUAGGCUUAGAGAUGGUCUUGUGGGUGCCCAGUUCUGGUCAGCCCACAUUCCAUGCCAAACCCAGGACCACGACGCUGUGAAGCUUGCCCUGGAACAGAUUGACCUCAUUCACCGCAUGUGUGCUGCUUACCCUGAGUUGAAGCUUGUGACCUCAGCUCAAGGUCUGGACAGCACUCAGAAGCUGGCCUGCCUCAUCGGCGUAGAGGGCGGCCACUCACUGGACACCAGCCUCUCUGUGCUUCGAAGUUUCUACCUGCUGGGAGUGCGCUACUUGACACUCACCUUCACCUGCAGCACACCCUGGGCAGAGAGUUCCACCAAAUUCAGACACCAAUUCUACACCAACAUCAGUGGGUUGACAAGCUUCGGUGAGAAAGUAGUGGAAGAAAUGAACCGCCUGGGCAUGAUGAUAGACUUGUCCCAUGCCUCAGAUACCUUGGCGAAGCGGAUCCUGGAAGUGUCUCGGGCUCCUGUGAUCUUCUCCCACUCAGGAGCUAGGGCCGUGUGUGACAAUUUGCUGAAUGUUCCUGAUGAUAUCCUACAGCUUCUGAAAAAGAAUGGUGGCAUUGUGAUGGUGACGCUGUCCAUGGGGGUGCUGCAGUGCAAUCUGUUUGCUAAUGUGUCCACUGUGACAGAUCAUUUCAACCACAUCAGAACAGUCAUUGGCUCUGAGUACAUUGGGAUUGGUGGAAAUUAUGAUGGAUCUGGAAGGUUCCCUGAGGGGCUGAAGGAUGUGUCCACAUACCCAGUGCUGAUAGAGGAAUUGAUCAGACUGGGCUGGAGUGAACAAGAACUUCAAGGAGUCCUUCGAGGAAACCUGCUACGUGUCUUCAGACAAGUAGAACAGGUGAGAGACGAAAGCAGUGGGCAGAGUCCUGUGGAGGUCAAGUUUCCAGACAGGCAGCUGAGUAGCACCUGCCACUCCCACCUCCUGCCUCAGCCAGAGGAAAAACACCACAGUACACACCUGAAGGUGACCAAGCCACCAAUCAAGCAGAUCUUUCGAAAGCACUCAAAAGCCUCUCCAUCCCCCAUUCCAGGCCUCCUAGCUGCUGUCACCUGCUCAGCCCUCAUUCUCUGGUUCUGGUGA